AUGUCUCAACAUCCAUCGUCAUCUGGGGCCAAAUCCUCCCAACAUGCAAAGACUUCAUCCAUGGAGUUUGUAGAUGAAGACGUAAUGGAUGUCACUCCUCUGUGCAUGAUACCGGGAGACACCACAGGUACCCCCUCCAAUGCUGGAGAUAAGCAAGGUAAUACCUCUGGUAACUCCUCUCUUCCUAAAGACAUGCAUUACACUGAUCGCGCUAUAAGGAGACUGGUUACUAGAAUACUGAGUGAAGGACACAAAGUUGAAGGGGUCUCUACCCCUCUGUCCAGAAGGGAACCCUAUCAUGAGAGAGAACCCCAUGCUGAUAAAGAUGAUGAUUCAUCUAGAUCAGAAAAAGAGGUGGUUGCUGAAGGGCUUUGCUCUCUAGAAAGCACUGAAGGAGAAGAUGAUCCUUUGGUUCAUCUGGUUAAACCCAGCGUAGCUGAGAAACUGAGAACUAAGAAAGGGAAAAGUAUGGCUAAAAUGAGAGCUGCUAGAGUGAAAAAGACUGCAGGAGUAGGACCCUCAAAACCCUGGAGCAAGGUUGAGGUUGGAAAAAGAAAAGAAAGACACAACUCUGAUUCUGAGGAGGAUGUUAAAGACGAUGUCCCAGACAUCUCCCCUGCAAAAAGGCAGGCUGUUCAGAAAUCUCCUGGAAAGGUUACUGCUGUCCAUCUAGACAAUAUCUCCUUUCAUUUGGAAGAUGGAGCAGCAAAGUGGAAAUAUGUCAUUUAG